AUGGAUGACGAUUAUGGUACCCAUACGUCAUUCGAUAGCCAGUAUCGGUUCCUGCACGAGAAAUACUUCCCUCGUAUUGCGUGGUCGGGCUUAAAGCUAAACCCGGCGAAGAGUCAUUUUUGGUCGAAGGACCUAAAACUUUUAGGCUUCGCGGGCAGCGGACAGGGUGGACUCCGCCCAUCAAUCGACAAAAUUGCGGCAAUAAGGGAUUAUCCAGUCCCAAGUGAUGUGGCUGGGCUGGAGCGAUUCCUGCAUAUUAGCACGUAUUUGAGGCAGUGGGUCCCGGGAAGAUCCGAUCACGCGAAGAUCUUGAAAACGGCGAUCCUCUGCAAAAUCAACAGCAUGGGAGCACGCAGGGACCUGGUUCUGCACUGGAAGGCAGAACACGACAGCUCAUUCAAGUACAUCAAAGAUUGCAUCGCAAACAACGUGAUCUGGGGAGGAGACCCUACCAUGCAGUAUCACCUAUCUACAGACGCUUCAAAUCUCGGAUUAGGCGCGGUGCUGUUUCAGCUUGACGGCUUACCGCUGAGCACCGUCGCGGGUCCCAAAUUUAGAGAAAACGAAAGGAUCAUUCUCUUCAUAUCAAAGGCUUUCGCGCCUGCAGAAACACGCUACCACACCACGGAACGCGAAGCGCUCGCGGUAGUGAGGGCGCUUAGUGAAGUGCGCUGGCUUGUGCUAGGAUCACCGCACCCAAUAAAGGUGUAUACCGAUCAUCAAGCGCUGCUCUCGGUCCUAAAAGGGGACGAAGCAAAAGGACGCAUCGCUAGAUGGCAAAUGCAGCUAGCAGAAUAUGACAUGGAGAUUCAUCACGUGCCAGGGUCACAAAACGUGAUAGCAGAUGGAAUGUCGAGGCUUAGCACAAGGUGGGAGGGUGAAUGCAAAGAGAUGGAGGUAUCGGCGGUGGAAAUAGAAGGGUGGAAAGACUUGGUGGAGGACGAGUGGUAUGGCGUGAUGGUGGAGUACAAGCUGACAGGGAUGUUGCCGGCGAGCAAGAUUGCGGGUAAGGCGGGCAAGGAAGAUUUAUCGGAAACGGAUAAAGCGAGAUGGCUGCGGAGACUGAAACACCAAUCGGCGCGCUUCGUAAUCGUCGAUCCCGAGACGUCGGGCCGACCGCACGGACUCCUAUAUCGGGAGAAGAACGGGGAAACGGCGAUCUGCAUCAAAAAAAGGAAUAUCAAAGAGAUCCUAAGUUGGGCACACGACGUACAUAGACACUUUGCGGAAUCAAUCACGUUAAAAAAGCUGAUCGGCAAGUACUAUUGGUCGACGCGCCAUCGCGACACUUCAUACUCUUGUCGAUCCUGCGACUCCUGUCAGCGAGUAGGCCCCCUAAGACCCUCACAGGCGCUAUUACCCAUAUUCCAGCUGCAACCAAUGGACUUAUGGGGCAUGGACUUCAUCGGACCAAUAGCCCCCAUAUCGAGGUCGGGCAAUAGAUACAUACUGAUCGUCGUCGAUUACUUCACCCGCUACCUCUUCACAAGCACGGUAGCAAGGGCGGACAGCGCGGCGGUAGUGGCGCUGAUCUCGGAGAUCGGGAAAUACAUUGGGUGGCCGCGUGCGAUAUACAACGAUAACGGCUCGCACUUUGUAAACGCGAGCGUCAAGCAGCUGCUCGAAAGAAGAGGGGUAAAACAAUUUCCGGCACCCAAGUCGCACCCCCAAUCGGUCGGCCUCGCUGAGCGCUAUGUACAGUUAGUAGUAGUAGGCCUGCGCACUCUGAUGGCAACCUCAUUACCCAAUCGGUACAUAUGGGACGAGAUGCUACCCGGGGUCACACACGCAAUAAAUACACGCGUUAUACGAGCGCAUGGGUAUACGCCUAGUCAGCUACUGUUUGAGUUCAACCUUAGAAGAACCUGGCUAGACGCCACUCCGAGGGACCAAUUAGCCUCCGCAGUUAUAUCAGAUGCAAUCGUUGAGAUAGUCGGAAGGCACGAAGUGAAUAGGGAGAUGAUGGGCGACAACCUGGGCGAAGCUGCAGAUGCUGCCGAACUGACGGAGCUGUGGACCUAUCACCAGAGGUUGUCGAAGGUUGAGGAGAUACGCGAAGCCGUUAGAACGAAGGCCUUGGAAAGGUUCGAAAUCGACAGACAGCAUGGCCGGAAGUUUGAAGCCAAAUGGGAAGGCCCGUACAAGCUUGAUAAAAUAGCCUGGCAUGGGAGGACCGGAAGAGUAUUCGACUUGAUCACUGGGGAAGAGGCAAGAGUCAAAAAGACUGGACUUCAUGAGAGGGUGCACCUCGACGACCUAAAGGUAUUCGUUCCUCGAGAAGAUCAUUGGCUGGGGUUCGAGGAAGAUAGACAAGAGCGAGGAAACUUGAGGUUCGUAGGACUGUGCGAGGUAUUGGGGAAGGACGAAGAGGAAGGAGUUAGAGAAUGGGGAGAUAGGACAGUGAUAUUCCCGGGCGGAAUGAAUAGGGUGGCGGAGGAGGAGUAG